UGGUCGUGGAAGAAGGCGGGCACGCGCACAGCAGGAGUGUCGUAAACUGGCUGAAUGUUUCCUGACGUCACAGCUGAUUCUGCGAUUUCUACGUAAAUAUACGCGAUUCAUUAAACCUGACGCAAAAGUCUGAGUGGAGACGUGUUGGUUUUAAAUUCGGCGACAAACGUAAACACGUGAAUUCAUGUUUUAAAUAAGAGCUCGUCCUUUGUGUGGCGUUAGGUUGAAAACGUGGGGGAGAAAUGUGGACAUGUCACCGUCCUGGUGUUGACAUUCAUCUGUUGACUGUCCCGGAACAUUAAAGUAUCAGGUUACACUUUAAAAUAUCCACAGACUCAACGUGGUCACUGACGUUUCAUGAAGCAACAAGCGAGCAAACGUUAAAUGAGAGGUUUUCUGAAUGAACUUCUGUUGACGCUCUGUGAGCAGAGGAAAGUUUACACUCGGCAGCUGGAGACGAGAAGGAUUAUUACAAGGUGAACACAGAAGGAAACUGAAGAGCUGCACACAUGGAUUUAUUCAAACUGCAGAAAGUGGAGGAUUUCUAUGAGAUCGGUGAAGAGUUGGGAAGUGGACAGUUCGCCAUCGUGAAGCAAUGCAGAGAGAGAAGCACGGGUCGGGAAUUUGCCGCCAAGUUCAUCAAGAAGCGGCCGAGCAUGUCCAGCUCACGAGGGGUGCGGCGGGAGGAAAUCGAGCGGGAGGUGAACAUCCUGCAGCAGAUUCAACAUCCCAACAUCGUCACGCUGCACGACGUCUACGAGAACCGCACGGACGUGGUGCUCAUCCUGGAGCUGGUCUCUGGGGGUGAGCUGUUCGACUUCCUGGCACAGAAAGAGUCUCUGAGUGAAGAAGAGGCCACUCAGUUCAUCAAGCAAAUCCUGGAAGGCGUCAACUACCUGCACGCCAGGAAAAUCGCCCACUUCGACCUGAAGCCUGAAAACAUUAUGCUCCUGGACAAGAACGUCCCGCUGCCCAGAAUCAAACUCAUCGACUUCGGUCUCGCUCACAAGAUCGAAGCUGGCGUCGAGUUCAAAAACAUCUUUGGGACUCCGGAGUUUGUAGCUCCAGAGAUUGUCAACUACGAGCCGCUGGGGCUAGAGGCCGACAUGUGGAGCAUCGGAGUCAUCACCUACAUCCUGCUGAGUGGGGCGUCACCUUUUCUGGGAGAAACCAAACGUGACACACUGAGGAACAUUUCAGCCAUAAACUACGAGUUUGAUGAAGAGUUCUUCUGUCGCACCAGUGAACUGGCCAAGAAGUUCAUCAGCCAGCUGCUGGAGAGAGAUAAGAAGAAGAGAUUAACAAUUCAAGAUGCUCUGAAUCACCCGUGGAUCAAGUCCAAUGAGCACAAGGAGGAAAAUAAAACCCAAGAGCCGAAGAAACGCGAGCGACGCCAGCUGAAGACCAAGCGUCUGAGGGAGUACACCAUCAAGUCCCACUCCAGCAUGCCACCCAACAACACCUAUGUCAACUUUGAGCGCUUUGCCCAGGUGGUGGAGGACGUUGACCAGAUGGAGAGCUCGUUCAUCAGUCUGGCAGCAGCGCAUGACUCUCUGCAGGAAGACAUCGACGCCAUGGUCUCUAUAUACAAUGAGAAGGAGGCCUGGUACAAGGAGGAGAGUGAAGGCGUGCGCCACGAGCUCUCGCAAAUCCGCUACGAGUUCCGUAAGGUGGAGGCCUUGAAGAGGAGCCUGCAGGACGACAUGCACGCAUUCAGCUCCAGCCUCGGCACCAUCAGCAACCGCUACCAGGAGAGGCAGAGCCACUUCGACGCGCUGCGCCUGGAGCUGAGCAAUGAGCUGAAAUGGGUGCAGGAGGUGAUGGGUUCAUUUCCCCUCGACGGUGGAGGAUACCCCAACUGCAACUUCUCCACGGUUUUCAAUAACGACGUGAACGAAGCCUUGAAAGAGCUGCUGAACCGCUCGUGUGGAGGAGAGCUGCUGUCUGGGAUUAACUUGGACUUUACUGAACCUGGACAGCAACGAUAAACUCCGAGCGCUGCACAGAAAUGAAAACCUUUCAGCAUGAAGAGUGACUACAAGCUGCAGCAGGAAGGGAUAAUUAAAUUACUUAUACAGUAACUAAAGUACUGCCAUUGUUUCCAUACUAAAAAUAAUAUAAACUAAAACCUACGUCCUCACAUGCAAUCGAAUCAAAGUAUACAUGUAUUGAUCUCUUUGUUUGCUGUGUACCAGAGAUAAACAAUGAAAACAUUAUCUUUUUCAUUUUCAUUAUUUUAUCUGAUGGAUGUUUAUUUACAAAGGGACAACACCAGAGCUUCAGUCCAGUGAGAGACACGCGAGACCUCAUUUCAGAAUCUGAGAGCCAAGUGAUGAGUCUUCAAGAGGUUCGUAACAAUCGAAGGUGUAACGCACCUCCGACAAACAAGAGCAGAGUGGACUGUGACUGCUCUGUGUGCUGAGAUGGUUCUGCAUGACCACGGUGUUUGGAUGAAUUGAGUGAAUAAGAGCUUAAGCAUCUCGGAGUGAGUUCAAGAAGAAGGUGCAGAGCCAGAAGUCGCUCUGCAGACAAGCGGUAAUGACUUGGAUUUAAUUUAAGCGGCCAUGAUGUGGGGACAUGUCAUCUGAAGGAGAGGACAGGGGUUGUCUGCAGCAGUGUCAUCAGAAUUCUUGUGAAAAAGGUUUGUAUUCCACUUGUAAUGACCCAUUUGAAUUCACACCACACAGUGUAGAAGCAAAUCAGAUUGUCUGAAGUAGUUUGUCUCCUGGUCCAGCAGAGGGCGAUCACUGUCAGCUUGACUUGUCGGUAAAGUAAAUCAGUAAUGUUGCUUUGUUUUGUUAAGAAAAUGAAAAACGAUGUCAAGCGGAGUCGACAUAAACUGACGACCCUGACGCCGUCUGAGAAGCAGCGUGUGUCUUGGUUCUACACCAUAGAUGACAACCAUGUCAUUUGAGCUUAACAAGUCACAUUCGUUCAACUGUUGUUUUUGAGAAAACAUUAUUGGACCCAACCAAGCAGUGUGUAGCGCUAACAGAAGGGGCCCCAGUACGUGGCCCUGGGGCACCCCCGGGGGGAGGGGAUGGGAGCAGGAUGUUUGUCUGUGCCAUGACACACUUAAAGGAACUCCCGGUGAGAUUGAGGUCAAACCAAAAGACAAGACGUUUCAGAGUGGACGGAUAAGACGCUGCGGACCAGUGAGAUAAGAGAUGAAGCUGCAGAUGGAACUGCCCUGAAGGCUCCGUCACAGAAAACACUGUGGGCUCAGUCCCGACCGAUUUGGGUCAAAGCGUCUGUUCCAUGAGAGGAGUUCUGAGACGUCUUCGUUCCUUAAGAUCCAAAGACUUGAACGCGGUUGACUUCAGACUUUCAGAAGAUGUUACCUGAGCGCCUGCAGCCGGCGAAACAUUCAUCAUAUGUGUGCGUGACGGUACAGUGGUGGGAAAUACGGAGGUUGGUGUGUGAGUCCAAACACAUGAAGCAGUUCACCUGCCGUGUCCUCGGGCUCAGUGACGCGAGGAGACGUGUGGUAACAGAACAAAUACUCCCGUAGCUGUCGAAACCAAUCUGUAUAUAAAGAUGAAGUCAUAAGCGACAGUUCAAAACAAGGGUUUGAGAUGUUUUU